GGCGAUUAUAGAGAUAGUUAAUGUCGGCCGUAUAAGAAACAUUAUUAAAGUUACUCUUCGGUCCUUUCCGUUCUUGAUAAACAAUUCCUGCUCCUUCCUCUCGAAUUCUAUUUUCCAUCCCUCAAGUCACUUUAAUGGCUCUUCAAUACAACAAAUAUUUACUGAGUGCUUACUAAGUGCCAGGCACUGGGCUCAGCGCUGUGAGGGAUGAGAGAGAAGUGGUACCUUCCUUCCAGGCGAUUGUAGUCUAGACUACAAACUACCUUUCUGUGCCAGGACAAGUUUGUCGUCUGCUCUGAGCUAUCAAGCCCCUUAGGAGACCUAAGACCCAGCUGGGUCCCAUCCCUUUGGAGUUAACUGCUUCAGACUAGCCUAGGAAGCACCUAAUUCUUGUGGGCAAAGGAGCCAUGGAAGAUAGAGCUGGUCAGCAAGAGCAGGAGAGACACAGCCUCCGUUUGGAAAAGCUACAACGCUGGGCGAGGCACAGGCAGAGUGGGCACCUCUUGGUGCUGGCGGUGAGUCAGCUAUGGCUGGCAGUGGUUGUGGUGCCCCUUGCUGUCUCAGUCGCCUGCCUGAACUCUGAAUGUCACAUGGCCACAGCGCUGCCUCUUGGGCCUGGAGCCUCAGGUCUCCUCACUGGGACUGUCACCCUAGAGCUUCGCAGAGCACCCCGCCUCUGGAAGGUGCGGGCCAUGAUGAUAUUCAACACCUUCAACUUGAUCUUGGGUUUCAUCGUGGUGGUGGUCGAGGUGAUGAAGACAGCCUUGGGGCCUGCCCCAACUGCCUCCUCCCAGCAUGCUGGCUUGCUGGUGCUGGAGCUCAGUGCUGAGGCCUUCACCCUAGGGGGAGUGCUGGUCUCAGUGCACGCCCUAUUCUUGCUGAGCCAGAGGAAACCGGGAUGCUGCAGGAGCCAGAGUCUGCACUACCAGGAGCUGCAGGAGGGCUUCUCUGAGUUGGAAGAGGUUCCUGGUUUUGAGAAUGGUCCCACCGUGGCCAGCACAGGAGCAAAUGAGAGGGCGGGACAGCGGGAACAGACACGUGCUGCUCUCCUUCCACCCUGAGAAUGCUCUCCAGACAUUCCUGCCCCACCCCACCAAACUCAGAAGCUUGCUGGGAUCCUUUGAGUCCAACAGGAAGUCCGGGAAUGCCUUCAGUUUUCACUCAGAGCAGGCCCUUUUUGCAUUCCUUCCCUGUUAGGGGAAGAUACACCUGGAGGAGAAUAUAUCCUCACCUACCACCUUGAAAAGCUGCUUUCUCCCUUCCAUCCAUAUCCUCCCUCCCUGUCACCUCCCCAUACAGCUUCACAUCUGCCUCAUCUCACUCUUUUUUUCUGUCCACCUUUCAUAAUCCCAUCCACUCCAAAUCCCGGACCCUGCACACGCCAACUCCCUGAAUCCAAUUCAGGAGUGCCCCAAUUCCCCUUUCGAUCCGUCUCUUUUCUACUGCAGCGGAGACUACAAGUCCCAGGAUGCCCCGCUAGCCCGUGACCGGCUGCGAAAUAAAGUGCCUUCUCUCCGCGGUA